AUGCCUGACUAUUCCGAAAAGUCUUUACCCAUAGGUUACAAAUGGCGUUCAUCCAAAUGGUUCACCCUCUCAACCAUCGCAAUCGCGUUGUUUGCGGAAACUUUCCUGUAUGGAUUUCUUGUCCCAAUUCUGGGGUAUAUGCUUGAGGAGCGUCUCCAUGUGGACCAAUCUCAAAUUCAGAUAUUCACAUCUGCCGUACUUGCUCUCCAUGGUGCGCUCGCCAUGCUGUCCAGUCCCAUAAUUGGGCAUUUUGCAGAUAAGAGCCCAAACCGCAAGUUCUGGCUGUUGAUUUCUCUUUUAUGGUGUAUCAUCGGCACUUGUAUGGUAGCGAUCACUUAUUCAGUCGCUAUGCUGUUCAUAGGGCGUGCAAUGCAAGGAGUUGCUGGGUCCGCUGUAUGGAUAAUUGGCUUUGCAACUGUCGCAAGCGUCUACGGAGAGAACGAGCGAGGGUUUGGAUUGGGUAUGAUGUCAUCAUUCGCUAACACGGGGACAAUCGCUGGACCUGCUGUAUCUGGUUUACUCUUAGAGGUUGCAGGUUACUGGGUGACAUGGUCCGUUCCGCUCGUGAUUUUAGCAAUUGACCUUCUCGCACGUAUGAUUAUGAUAGAGGCCUCAGAUACAACUUCCAAUUCGACUCCGGAUAGUAAUUCAGAGAUGACGGGUUUACUUCCUGCAAGAGGGGAUGAUCAAGAUACGUCUGGAGCUGGAAGAUUCUGGAGAAUAAUGCUGACUGAUGGUCGUGUCGUUACCUGUUUAUUGAUGACAAUUACGAGUACAGCUGUGAGCACAAGCUUUAAUGCCACUCUUCCUCUGCAAGUUUUAGAGAUGUAUGGAUGGGGCCCUAGUAUCGCUGGGCUCCUCUUUGUCGGUCUGGUAGUCCCUGGACUUCUCAUUGGCCCCCUAGCCGGCUGGGUUCGCGACCAAUUUGGAGCACGAAUUCCUGCCGUCUUUUGUUCUAUCAUUCAGGCAAUAUUUCUGGGACUUCUAGGUAUUUCUGGUAGCCAAGCUGGAGGUGGUGCGCUCUACAUAGCGUCUAUCAUAAUUAUAGGUGCCCUGCGACCAUUUGUAUCUGGUAACGCACCUGCUGAGUUGGUUGAAGAACCUUUAGCUGCUGGAAAAGUAUUUCAAAAAAGGACACCCCUUGCUUUUGAAUCUCAAGGGUGUUUGUCGCGCGUAUUCUCCAUGCUCGAUGCUGGUGCAUCUCUUGGAAUGACGUUGGGCCCUAUUAUAGGUGGUUCUUUCAAGGAAUUGAUUGGGUAUCGAUAUAUGAACUGGAUCUGGAGCUUCUUGUAUCUCAUGAUUGCCGUUCUUGCUCUGUCCUUUCUUGAACAUAAAGAGAAAGAUGAAAGGCUUGACUUUGAGGAAAGGAUCUAA